UUUUCCAGAUAACUGAGAUUUCGGCUGCCAUGUAGAGGCUGUCCUGUCUUUGGUGUUUACAUCCCUGUCGUCGUUUCAAUGGGGAAAAGGAAAGACAUGAUUCAUCCCAGGUUUCUCUGUGAAGGUGGCUCAAGCCUGCACAGCGUUCACAAGCGGAAACACAAAAAACACAAGAAGCACAAGAAGAAGCACCACAGCUUCGCCGAGGCCCCAGAGCCCGAGCCUGUGGUGGUUCCUCGGCCUCCCCCGCAGCUCCGACUCAAGAUCAAACUGGGAGGACAGACGCUGGGGACCAAGAGUGUCCCCACCUUCACCGUGCAUCCCGGUGUGGCUUGUCCUCCCUCCCCCUUGAUGAUUAUUAAUAAUGUUGAUGAUGAUGACGACGACGACGAUGAUGAUGACAAUGAGGAUGACGAUGAUGAUGAUGAUGACGACGACGAUGAGCCCUCUGUGCCUUUGGAGCAGUAUCGGGCUUGGCUGGAUGAAGACAGCAACCUGGCCGUGUCUCCUAUGCCAGACAUAGACUCAGACUCCAUGCUGGGCGUGCCUGUAGACGAGGAGGAGAGGUGGUUGGACGCUCUGGAGAAGGGAGAGCUGGACGACAACGGAGAGUUGAAGAAGGAGGUUGAUGAAUCUCUGCUCACGGCCAGACAGAAAGCCCUUCUACACAAGCAGCAGAGCCAGCCUCUCCUGGAGCUCCCCAUGGGUUACAAGGAGAAGGAGAUGACCGCAGAGAUGAUGCAGAAGCGGGAGGAACGAGCCCGAAAGAGACGCCUGCAGGCCGCGAAGAAGGCAGAAGAGAACAAGAACCAGACAAUAGAGAGACUGACAAAAACCAGCAAGGCCAAGAUCAAAAGCAUGAGAGAGAGGAAGUCCAAGCAGAAUCAGUGUCCCAUGGUCCGGUACAGCGACUGCGCCCAGGGCAUGGCCAUCUCCUUCCCCAUCGGGGUCCCCGCUCCGGCCCCAACACCCCCCUGUCCUCCACCAGCAGCCCCGGGGAACUGCGGAGCCAGCGGCUGCUCCAACCUCAAGAAGUACUCCUGCUCAAAGACCGGGGUUCCUCUCUGCAGCCUUGAGUGUUACAAGAGGAACCUGCUACUUGAACUUUAAGGGAAGAAUAGAUCCUUAAUGGAUGUGGUUCUGUUCCGACGUUGGGAUGUGAUGAAGGUGCAUACAGUCGACGUGGUAUAACAUUUCAUGACAUUUACGUUACACAGAUGCUCGCGACUCUACAGAUGUGGCAGGUGUAAUUUAAACUUUAAACAUGAAUCUGGUCUGGGCUAAGAAUGUGGAUUUACACUUGUUUGUAGCUGUGUCAUAUUGAUGAUAAUAAUGGUUUUCGCUGCAGUGAUGCUGGUUACACAAUUCAAUUAUGUACAUUAUGGAAUCUUAGGAUCU